AUGAGCGGCGGUCGUAGGUCGCGAAGAAGUCGAUUAGUCCUUCCAAAAGACGUCGAAAUCGCCGACCCGGGAGAGAAGGAGAACACGCACUCCCCCCUAGAAAAGCCGCGCGACGCUGCGGCUAAUUUCGGCAUCCCCCCUUCGCGCGUCGAUCUCCCUGCCUCGCCAGUCGACAAAAGUACCCUCUCGCCACAUGCGCCAUUACAGGAGCCUUCUCAAGCAGAUGAAAACAGUCAGGCUCUUUCGCCUGAGAUAGAAUCCGGCAGCAGUGGCGAAGUUACAAAGAAAAGUUCUGUUCAAGUGCCAAUCAAAAUACCAAAAAAAUUAAACAAGGCCAUUUACCCUCAAAUCACCAAACUUGGUCUUCCGAAGCCCUCCCGCCCUAUCUUCAAGAAAAAACACCACCUAACCCCAGAAGAGUGGCACACCAAGCCCUACUCUCCGCCAAAAGCUCGCGCCCUCCCCACGAUCAUCGACGAAACUAAUCCGAAAGCCGAGACGAAGCCCUUUUCUCGCGUUCGCUGCCGCUUCAUCAAAUUUCCCGAAGAUCACACCACUCGGAAAACAAAGAGGAAACUCAAGGCCCGUCAGCAGCGGAUGUAUUCCAAGAUCACCGAAGAACAAUCCAGCCAGGAACUCGACGAGAAGAUGGCCUCUUUGGACAAAGAUCUGAAAGAGGCUAGUCGGCAAAUCCGAAUGGAGUCGAAUUCCAGCGCCAGCAAAGCUUACGGGAAUCUAGAAGACAAGGAAACUCGCCAACACAUGGUCAGAAAACAGGGUGAACGAGAAAGAGUCGCGGAUUUCACUGGAUUAAAAACGAAUGUGCACUUGACAGACAUUUCCGAAGAGCUCAACGCCCAGAAACAACAAGAAUACGAGAGACAAAAGAAGCUUGACGACAUGGGCCAGCAGAUACUCGACGAACUGUAUGUCAAAGACACUGUUCCGCUGACCAACGCCGCCGAAAAAAUCGCUGCACUCAAGGCCAAAAUGGCAAGGGAUGAGGAACUGCAGUCCAUUUAUUUAGAACAGGCUAUGGAAAGGCAACGCGAAAUGCGAAAGAAAAGCUUUAAAAAUCUGCCAUUCGCCAUUUUUUUCGUUUUCGUUUGUUACGGUCAAAAGAGAUCGGAUUCGCCUCCGCUGGAGUACUAUCCAGUCCAGUACGUCCAGCAGUACAAAGACAAAGUCUAUGAAAUGAGUCUGGAACUGGCGCAAAGUAGAAACAACGAGCAGGAACUGGCUAGGGCUAAUGAGGAAAUUAGACAGCUGCGGAUGGAAGUCAACAUGCUCAAAUGUAAGCUCGAAGCAAAAGAAGCAUCUGAUCAAUGGGAAAUCAGUCUUCUUCGAAAUCAAGCGACAAAGGGAUACAUGGGAAUGAAUCCUGAUAGUCGUCUUCCAACCACGAGUAAGGCUCUAGCGAUUAUGCCCUCGCCAAAAAUGGGUCUUUCGCUCAAGCCGAUGUCGCCAACAAAAAGGGUCAAUGUGAUACCUGAGUCGAUUAUUAAUGGAUCAUCUUCGGUUGUGAACUCGGUAGCUGUAUCUCGAGCUGGAAAUAUGUCCAGUGCGUCUGGGUCUAUAAUUUCGAGACCGAUGACGAUACAAGACCUCGUUGAACCGGUCAAUGGUCAUCCUUCGCGAAUGACGACUUCUUCAAAGCCUAUUAUAAGUCCGAUUCCACCUCCCCCGCUUCCAUUCAAGACUGAACCUGACAAAGAGAUCUUUAUGCCAAGCCUACCUCCAGUAGAAGAGCCGCUGCGACCAACCACUGGCGUUGUUCUUCCACAAAAGCCUAUUUCUGCUCCUGUAAACCCCUCGAAUGCCAAACCUCGAGUGGCUCACCAAGCUCCUACUAUUGCUAUUAAGCAAGAGAGGCCGGUUUCAGGGACGCUUCCUGAACCAGCCCCUGCUCCUGCUGAAGAAAUCUUCCGCCCAACAACUGGUGUUACCCUUCCACCAUCAUUGCUUGCUGCUGCUUCUGCUCAAUCAGUCAAUCCGCCCGCAAAUGCGAGAAACAUCACCCGACAAAAUUCAAAGCCGACUCCUCCAAAGCAGCCCCAAAAAUCACUUUCAGCUGUUGUAUCUUCCAUCACCAACAAGAGAAAGGCUUCAAGUGAGGCAAACAACCCCCUAGCAAAGCUUAAAAAGCGGGUGAUAAGCACUGCCGCUAAGAACAACCAGCCAGUCGGGAACAUUUUCAAACCUGAACCGAAGAAAGCCUUCUCCGAGAUGUUUUCAAAGGAAAACAAGCAAGAGGUCGCUAGUAAAAAACAAGAAUCUGCUAAGAAAAAGAAGGAAACAGCCAAGAAAGACGAAGAGCCAAAAAAGAAAACGGUGAGAAAAGGAAGAAGCGAUGAGUGGGUUACGGAAAAGAUCAAAGAGCUUGUAGUCAAGCGUGCGAAAGAAAUCAUUGCUGAAAAGAAGAAGGAGGACGAGGAAAAGGAAGAAGAAUCAGAUCUCGAAGCAGGAGCUGCUGAUCUUGAUCGCAUGCUUGGUGUUUCUACCUCUGAAACGUCCAACCUUGGGCUUUCUGCUUCAGACUCCUCUAGUUCUGAAGAAUCUUCAAGCUCGGAAUCGGAAGACGAAGACGCGAAAAACAAACUAACGAAACCAGCGGAGAAUAAAGCGACUGAAAAUGGAAAAGAUCAAGGAAAGACUGCCGUGAACGAGAACGAUAUCAUCGGUUCGAUUUUUAAACAAGUAGAACAGGCUCCGGACAUGAAUAUCACUCCUCUCCAUAAACGCCCUGUGAAGACCGAGAAGACUGUUCCCCUCGAAUCUGCUCCAAAGUUGAAACUUGAUGAAGAAAAGACCAUAAGUUCAGAUGCUGGUAGCUCAAUCAGUACAAAAACGAAUGAUUCGGCGCCGUCAGUUGAGGAAAAGAAUCUCAAUGAUCAGAAAAACUCCGAAAGCAACGAGGAUGAUGAGAAGAUGGAAGUAGACUCCGGCAAUAAACUGUCCAAAGAAGAAGAGGCUGAUAUCAAUCAGAAAAUGGCAGAAGUCGCGAACGAAAAUGACGAAGAAAAGAAGAGGCGGAUGUCCGCCGCCUUGAUAGACCAGUGCGGUCUGGCUUUAGACUCUGAUUCCGAGGAUGAGUCCGGCCCGUUGGAAAUUGCCGAAGCAGAUCGCUCGCAAGACUCGUUGAAGAUUGACGAUGAUUCGCAAUCAGGUUCGGAGCUCUUUAUUGACGAUCCAAGCGCGGAGCCAGUUCCCAUGGCUGAAACUAACGACCAAGAAAAGAUAGUACAGAUGGAAGUAGUGGAAGAGCAAGCUUCACCCAGUUCUGCCACCAAAACGCGUCGCUCAACCAGACUCUCGGGUCGGACCAGUGAGUCUUCUCAAGAGAAGCUUCCAGUUCCGGAUCUAAUUGUACUUGAUAAUGCGACAAAUACUUCAAAAAACUCGAACGAGUCGACAGCCUGGCCGCCCGAGAAUUAUCAGAGUUGGUCCACCGAUAAUAAGAUUGAAUACAUCACCGAAAGAUUGGCGCAGCCAAGAAAUAAGGUCAAAAGUCCACAAUAUAAGAUUGGUAAAUUCGUUGGACAGAUGAAAAACUUGCUAAAGGAGUCUCUCUGCUUGCGACAUCAAAUACACAAGGAGGAAACAGUGACGGUUAUCGACACACCCGAUACGGUUACUUUCUCCGACUGGAUAGCUCUCAUUCCUCACGAGACAGAACUUAGACGAUUUCUUUGCAACGACAACGGAGAAGCUGUUUUCAGAAGAAUUGUUCAGAAUAUCCAGCAGGAGAUCACGCAAAUCACUGACAGCUUCCCUCCGUAUGAGGUUGCGCCGAAGGAAGACUUUCAAAAGAUCGAAGGUCUGUUGUUGAUGUUCGUUACGAUGGUUUUCUCCGUCUUCGAAGAUUCCUCGUGUCUAAAGGAACAUCAUUGGCAUCUAAAACAGCUUCAUAAUUUUGCUCUCUUUUUGGGAGACUUUAUCAGCAAGACUGAGAUUCCCGAGAAGCAACAGGCAGGUCCGAAUUCAGCGAUGGUUUUCUACAUUUAUUGUUUGAUGGUUUCGAAGGGCAUCCCCAGCUUCUUCUCGCAUGAUGACAUCUUCAUUUGCCGUUUGCUCAAUACAAUUCCAUACACUGCUAUUCAGCAGUAUGGCCAAAAGCACAAUGUCUUUAUUGGCCGACUUCAUUUCAACAGCAAACAGUCUGUCGAUAAGAAACAAGAAAGACUCGGCCAUUUAUUCCUCAAGAGCGACACAAAAGAAAUGAAAGAAGCUAGUUCAAACCUGACGCAAGAAAUCACUAAGAUGAGAGCGGCUCAGAUCGAAGAAGACUUGAAUGAGACCACCUUCCAAAUGAAGGAAAGAGAUUUUGAUGCUGGAAAAGACGUAUUCCGACUCUUCAUGAGCGUUAAGAACUACCCGUUUGCGAAGAGAAUGGUUUAUUCAAGAUUCAUUCAGUUCAUCGUUCCCUUCUCUCGGAAGGCUUCUUGUCCAGGAGAGGAAAUCGGCGUGAAAGACGUGCGAAAUUUCAUCCUCCAAAUGCAUAACCUGUACGCAUAUUUGCACACAUACGGGGGCUGCAAGGACGAAGCGCACGACAAAAUGAUUGCGCGUGCGAAGACAGUUAUUUCAAUCAUUGCGUCGCUCGAAGCCAAGACGAAAAUAAUCAACACCAUUGCCAACAAAGCUUUACGAAUCGGGCAAUGGUUCAGAACAGCCGGAAGAAAAGAAUGGGAGCGAGAUAUGAGUCAAUUGAAUGCGAAGGUAGCCAACAUGAGGAAGCUGCCUCGGGAGCUCUUGGUGGUCAUGAAUCUACCGCCAAACUUCUACGAAACACGCGCAGAUCCGAAAGGUCUAUGGACGAAAGAGUAG